UGCCUAACUAUAAUUCCACUCCUCCCAAGUCCCAAUUAUGGAGUAUAUAAAUACACACACAAACACAACCUCAAAUUCAUCUUUUCUAAACAAGCCAAAACCAAACCACAUUUUCCCCAAAAUGCAUCUAAAAGGCAGUUCUUUAACAACCUUUGAGGUACCAAGAAUGGCUGCAGUAUUAUUUUGUAUAGUUUUCUUAGUUGGAAUAAUCAUGAAUGCGAACGGUGUCGAAGGAAGAAGAACAACAAGAAAAACAGUGUCUGAUAACUUUGAGUAUGCAGCAAUGAACUGCAGAAGUCAUUGUGCUUCUAUCACUGAUUUUGGAGGUGUAGGUGAUGGAACCACCUCUAACACCAAAGCUUUUCAGACAGCCGUUAAUCAUCUUAGCCAGUUUCAAUCAGACGGUGGAGCUAUGCUGUUUGUUCCUCCUGGGAAAUGGUUAACUGGAAGCUUCAAUCUUACUAAUCACUUCACUCUUUUUCUUCACAAGGAUGCUGUUCUUUUAGCUUCUCUGGACUUGAACGAGUGGCCUUUGAUCGCGCCAUUGCCAUCAUACGGUCAAGGAAGAGAUGCUCCUGGUGGAAGAUAUGCCAGCCUGAUCACUGGAAGCAACCUCACAGAUGUGAUAAUCACAGGGGAAAAUGGCACAAUUAAUGGUCAAGGUGAUUGGUGGUGGCAGAAAUUUCACCAUAAACAGCUUAAGAACACAAGGCCUUACUUAAUAGAGCUCAUGUACUCUGACAGUAUUCAAAUUUCCCACCUUACACUUAUUGAUUCUCCUUCAUGGAAUAUUCAUCCUGUUUAUAGCAGCAAUAUACUAAUUCAAGGCAUCACAAUUAGUGCUCCGGUUAAUUCUCCGAACACUGAUGGAAUUAACCCAGACUCCUGCACAAACACAAGAAUUGAAGACUGCUACAUUGUUUCUGGGGAUGAUUGUGUUGCUGUGAAGAGUGGGUGGGACGAGUACGGGAUCUCCUUCGGAAUGCCAACAAAGCAGCUUGUGAUCCGCCGUUUGACAUGUAUCUCUCCAACAAGUGCUGUAAUAGCUCUAGGUAGCGAGAUGUCAGGUGGAAUACAAGAUGUCAGGGCAGAGAACAUAUUAGCAAUAAACUCAGAAUCAGGUGUGAGAAUCAAGACAGGAGCAGGAAGAGGAGGAUAUGUGAAGGACAUAUAUGUGAAAGGUUUUACAAUGCAUACAAUGAAAUGGGCGUUUUGGAUGACAGGAAAUUACGGGUCACACCCUGAUGACAAGUAUGAUCCUAAAGCUCUUCCUACCAUACAAAACAUAAACUACAGAGAUAUGGUAGCUGAUGGUGUGCAAAUGGCAGCUAGGUUAGAAGGGAUUUCAGGUGAUCCUUUCACUGAAAUCUGUAUAUCAAAUGUGACUAUAUCAUUGGCUGCUAAACCUAAGAAAAUUCAGUGGGCUUGUACUGAUGUUUCCGGGAUUUCGAGUGGUGUAUCGCCUAAUCCUUGUGAUGCAUUGGCCGAUCAAGGAGCAGAUCAUAUGACAGAAUGUCAGUUUCCUGAAGAACCCUUGCCAAUCGAUGAUGUUGAACUACGAAAGUGUUCUUACAAGAGAAAGUAUGUUUGAUGGGUAAGAUGUCAGUCUAGAAGCAAAGAAGAUAUGAAUGAAUGUUUAUGUUUUCAACAUAUUCUUCUGUCUGGAAGUGAAUUGUUGCUGUUUACCAUACAGAAUGAGGAAGGAUUGUACAAGAUUUGUGGAAAAGUUAACAGUUUCGAGUAGUUCCAUGGAAUGUAUUUCAAAUUCCCCCCCUCCCAAAGAAAGGGAGCUAGCUUAAGAGAAACAUAUCAGUGUAUUUAUGGAAAUGAAAUUCAGAAGUUGAGUGAAAAACUCCAAAAACUA